AGCUUUUCUUUGAACAUAUUCCAUACAGAUGAGAAGCAGCCUUUUAGGGGCAUUGGGAAGAUAGGCACAUCCUAUUAUGUAGAGCUCAGUGUGGAUAUUGGAUGCUCAGGCACUUUUGGGGCCCCACAGCUGGGGACUCCUUUUCACAGUUCCGGUUUGCAGAGGAGAAAGAAUGGGAUGGUGAAACUUCAUGUCCCAAACAGAAUUCAGCACUUUAUGUGGAUAGUGUGUCACUGGUCCAAGCCCUUCAAGAACUUCCUCUGUCACUUCGACUCAAUGUGGCUGCGGAGCUGAUCCAGAGUGUGGUUCCUUUAGAGCUUCCUCAGGCAAAACCAAAGAGAAAUGAUGAUGGCAAGGGACUGGGAAUGCCGUUAAAGGGGUCCCUGGGGCCUGGAGGAAGGGGCCCCAUGUCAGAGCUGAGAUCUUCCACUGCUGGCUGCCCUGGGUCCCUUGGCAAAGACAGCCCAAGACCCGGUCCUUCAGGGGCUUCUUGGAAACCCGAUUCCUCACUGAAGUCAGCAGCAGACCAUUUGGAAGAAGAACUAGAUCUGUUGCUUAAUUUAGAUGCGCCUGUAAAAGAGGGAUAUGACAGCGUCCCAGAAGAGACACCUCAGGACCUGAAAUCUGAGAAAGAUGGAGAGGUGGCACAAGAGGAACAAGUUCCCGCAGAGCCAUCUGUGACUGAAGAGAAGAAUGUAGAAUCUGAGCAACCAAGUACGUCUAAUAAUGUGACUGAGGAAGAGCUGGAAGACUGGUUGGACAGCAUGAUUUCCUAAACACAAAAAAGAGUGCCUGAAGCACAUUUGGUGGCCUUUCCAGUGCAGUGGACGUCAGGCUGUCCUCAGUCCAGUUAUGUUACCAGCACGUCCCCGCUGGUGUGCUGCGUUGUGCUUUCAGCAUCAGCGCCUCUGCCUGACCGCAUCCGGAACAAUACCUACGUGGGGCCCGUUGCAUUUGUUUUCUGGCUUAGUAACCCAAUAGAUUUCCCUAAGGCAGGUGUCACCCCAGUGUCUCCAUCUUCCUUCCUCUUGGUGUUUACAGCACAGCAGGUUCUGCUUACUAUGAGAACUCAUGCAAGCAACAAGGCACACGUUUGGCCAAAAUAAACACACUGUAGUCUCUGGA